AUGGAGCUACCUAUACCCAAGGAGGUCACGAAGAUAUGGGAGGAAUGGAAUCUGAGGGGUUGUAUUCUCUUGAGCCUUGCACUUCAAAUUUUCUUAUUUUUAUGUGCACCACUCAGGCAAAAAUGCAGAAGAAAAUUGAUUGUAGUGUUGAUCUGGUCGGCAUACUUGCUCUCCGACUGGGUUGCUGUUGUUGCAAUUGGGGUAAUCACCAAAAGCCAGGGUGACCGUUGUGACUCUGGAAAGAAUAAAGACCUUUUAGCAUUCUGGGCUUCAUUUCUUUUAGUGCAUCUUGGUGGCCCUGAUACUAUUACUUCUUUUGCUCUAGAGGACAAUGAGUUCUGGCUCAGGCAUUUGAUUCAACUCAUUCUACAAGUCCUCGCAGCUGCUUACAGCUUCUAUAUGACACUUUUUGAAAACAAGCUUUGGUUCCCAACAGUCCUAGUGUUUGUUGUGGGAACUAUCAAGUUUGGGGAGAGAACAUGUGCUCUGUAUCUUGCUAGCUUGGACCAUUUUGGAGAGACUGUAUUGCCAGAGCCAGAGCCUGGGCCUGACUAUGAAGAGGCUGUGGAAAUAUACUCUACAAUGAGGUCAGUCGAAGUUCCAACACAAGUAGAGCUGCCAGUAAGGCCAAUGCACAUUGGGAAUUAUAAGAACCCCAAAUUUACAGUUGAUGGUGUUCCUGAAGAAUCUCUAGAUGACGUGCAGUUACUGCAGGAAGCAUAUCGCUUCUUUGAAAGUUUCAAAGGGCUCAUUGUUGGUUUCCUUCUGAGCUCCAAAGUUCGAGAACGCAGUCGAGAUUUUUUUCUCAAAAGAACCCAUGUUAGUGCUUUUCAAUUGAUAGAGUACGAGCUCAGCUUCAUGUAUGAGGUUCUCCAUACCAAGGUGGUUGUGGCUCGUCACAAAGUUGGGUACAUUCUCCGCUUAAUUACCUUCUGUUCAACCAUUGGUGCCUUGAUGUUAUUUGCUUUAGUUGAAAAACAUAAGUUUGAUAAGUUUGACAUUGCUCUUACCUAUGCUUUGCUUAAUGGGGCCAUAAUCCUGGACACCUUGUCAGUGUUGAAGCUCAUUUGUUCAGACUGGACAGUCAUUGCCUUCAACAACAUCUGGAACAGAUCUUAUAUUGGUGAAUUGAUAUUGAAAAGAGGAAGGUGGUCUGGAUUGGUGUCCAAGUAUAAUAUGAUAAGCAAUUGCCUGGAUGAGCAUCCAGAAUGGGUGUACACUUUUGCUGAAAAUCUGGGCGUUAGAGGAAUUCUAGAUAAAAUAAAAGUCUGUUUUUUUUCAACCUCAGAGGCAGUCACUGAAGAUGUCAAGAAAUUUUUGUUCAAGCAGCUGAGGAUAAAAUCUUUGGAAGCAAACAACAGAAGAGCUGCCAUGGAGGCAUCUUCACAAAGAGGUGACUGGGCUCUCCUGCAGACUUCUAACUAUCUGGAACUCAAAUGGAGUGUAGGGGAAUAUCAAUAUGCAGAAAGUGUUCUUCUGUGGCACAUAGCAACGGAACUCUACUUUGCGAAAACGGAGCACAACGCUGAAAACGAAAGAAGAAAAAUUUGCAAACUACUUUCAGAUUAUAUGUUUUAUCUUCUGGUGAUGCAGCAUAAUAUGAUGGCCGCAUUUUUGGGGAAUUGGCAUAUAGUCUUCCAGGACACACGUGCAGAGGCCAAGAGGUUCUUUUUCAAGCACUCAAUACCUGAUCAUCGGGAAGCUUGUCAAAAGAUUAAUGCUGUGGAAGCCAAAUUCAGAUCAGCCGCUGUAAAGGGUAAAAGCAAAUCUGUGUUGUUCGAUGCAUGUUUCCUAGUAAAACAGCUUGAAAAGGUCGAGGCAGACCCAUGGAAGCUAAUGAGCCGAGUGUGGGUGGAAUUAUUGUCCUAUGCUUCCAUUAAAUGUAGACCAAUUGUGCAUGCUCAGCAACCAAGUAGGGGUGGAGAACUUCUGACUUUCACUUGGCUACUGAUGAAUCAUCUGGGCUUGGGAACACAAUUCUAUGAGCUGGAAAACCAAGCUGGAACCAAAAUGGUGGCAGUUAAGUAA